UGGCCUAGGAGGCGGGAGGAGGGAGUCUGCCCCCGCUCGCUGUUGCCGUGGUUACGUCCGGGCACGUGUGCAGUCCCGGAAGCGGGUCGGGGAGGAAGCACUGCCAGAUCCGGUUAGGUCGGUCCGGCUGGGCCAUGGAGCUGCUUCCUAAGUCCGCACCCCGGCCCGGGCCAGGCUGUCUUCUGCCUCUCUCCGUGCUGCUGCUACUGAUCGCUCCGGAGCUGGGCCCGAAUGGGGCUCACGCGGAGGAGACCGACUGGGUUCGACUGCCCAGCAAAUGCGAAGUGUGUAAAUAUGUGGCUGUGGAACUGAAGUCAGCCUUUGAGGAAACUGGCAAAACCAAGGAAGUGAUUGACACAGGCUAUGGCAUCCUGGACCGGAAGACUUCUGGAGUAAAAUACACCAAGUCGGACUUGCGGUUAAUUGAAGUCACUGAGACCAUUUGCAAGAGGCUCCUGGACUAUAGCCUGCACAAAGAGAGGACUGGCAGCAACCGGUUCGCCAAGGGCAUGUCAGAGACCUUUGAGACACUGCACAACCUGGUCCACAAAGGAGUGAAGGUGGUGAUGGACAUCCCCUAUGAGCUGUGGAAUGAGACCUCUGCAGAGGUGGCUGACCUCAAGAAGCAGUGCGACGUGCUGGUGGAAGAAUUUGAGGACGUGAUUGAGGACUGGUAUAGAAACCACCAGGAGGAGGACCUGACACAGUUUCUUUGUGCCAACCACGUGCUGAAGGGGAAAGACACCAGUUGCCUGGCAGAGCAGUGGUCGGGCAAAAAGGGGGAUACAGCUGCCCUGGGUGGGAAGAAGUCCAAGAAGAAGAGCAGCAGGGCUAAGGCAUCAGGCAGCGGCAGCAAACAAAGGAAGGAGCUGGGCGGCCUUGAGGGAGACCCUGGCCCCGAAGAGGAUGAGGGCAUCCAGAAGGCAUCCCCUCUCACACACAGCCCACCUGACGAGCUUUGAGCCUAACCCGGAAGUCUCUGCACCAAGAUCCCUGGUCUGGAAGCUAGAGUCCAGGCACGACCUGGCAGGCAAAGACAGCGCUCCCUGGCUGCAGAUUCUCCCCUCCUGGCUUGUGGCUUCUGUCGGGAAGAGAGACAGACAAAGACGCCA